AUGGCCUCCACUGGAAUUGCUGCCUUAAACAUAGGCGGAACUACAAUCCACUCUGCAUUACGAAUAAUAUCAGAUGAAAGAGGAUUUCACUCCCUUAUAUUUCGCGACACAAACUUCUAUAAUUCUCUUCUUCAAAUUGAUACUCUCAUAAUCGAUGAAGUCUCGAUGGUAUCAGGUCCGUUACUAACAUACAUCUCUGAACUUUUCGAACGCCUACACAAAAAUAACUACCCAUUUGGAGGAAUCAGUGUUAUCUUAGUUGGUGACCUUGCCCAAUUACCUCCCGUCAACGCACCUCCUGUGUAUCAAUCACCAAUAUGGAAAAUUUUCUAUCCAUUAUUUCUUCGUGAUCCUCAAAGACAAAAUGAUGAUACCCACUUCUACACUCUUUUACAAAAAAUUAGAUAUGGUAUCAUAGACGAUCAAGUUUGGAAUGUAUUAUCACAAAAAUUACUAGAAACCAUCCAAUCACCCCAACUAGAUACAAAUCUCAAUACCACUCACAUAGUAGGUUAUCGCGAAACUGCCGAAUUAAUCAAUAGAACAAUUUGCACCUCAAUCCCCACCCACGAAGAUAAGGUCCUAAUUUCUGACUGUGUCGAUAUCAUAGACAAUCAAAUAUGUCCUACCAAUUCAAGAUGUCGUGAAUUCGCAAAUAAAACAAAUCUUCCUAGUACUAUUAGAAUUCAACCCGGAGCAAGAGUCAUGUUUUUGAACAAUUCCCAAUACAGACACCGUAUAGCCAACGGUACCGUAGGCAUUGUAACAGAUCUCAAUUUACAAAUUGGCCUGGUGUAUGUCAGUUUCUGUGUUGAAGGAGCAAUCAUUAAUACUUCGUUCACUAAAUACACCCACAACUUUUACCUUAAUGGCUUACCUGCCAGUCGCACACAAUACCCCAUACAAAAUGCAUUCGCUCUUACGGUACACAAAACACAAGGAUUAACGAUUCCUGAUGUAUCUCUAAACUUAGAUAAUCAAAUCUUCGAGUAUGGACAAGCCUACGUAGCAUUAAGCCGCUGCACGAAAUGGGAACAUGUAAAAAUCCAAUCACUUGAUCAUGAUGCAUUUAUUGUUGAUCGAUCAAUGACCGAUGAAUAUGAACGACUAGAAUCCAAAGCACUUGAACCAUUACCACUAAAUAGAUAA